AUGGUGAAAUCCGUUCUUUGCAACACAACGGAGAAGGGAAAGAAUGGGGAAAGCUACAGAAAGGGGGAGUGUGCAUUUGACCAGGGUGGAUACUUUGUGAUUAAAGGAGCUGAGAAGGUCUUUAUUGCUCAAGAGCAGAUAUGCACAAAGAGACUUUGGAUUUCUAAUUCACCAUGGACCGUCUCCUACAGGUCCGAAACCAAAAGAAAUCGUUUCAUUGUGCGUCUAUCAGAGAAUCAGAAAGCUGAAGACUUUAAGAGAAAGGAGAAAGUACUGACAGUGUACUUCCUGUCAACUGAGAUCCCAGUCUGGGUCCUGUUCUUUGCGCUGGGGGUUGCGUCAGACAAAGAGGCUGUAGAUCUAAUUGCUUUCGAUGGUGGUGAUGCAAGUAUUACCAACAGCGUCGUAGCUUCGAUCCAGGAAGCUGAUUCGGUUUGCGAAGAUUUUCGCCAUGGGAGGAAUGCUCUGGCAUAUGUUGAACAGCAGAUAAAAGGCACAAAAUUCCCACCUGGUGAGAGUGUGGAUGAAUGCCUAAGUCUGUACCUGUUUCCAGGCCUCAAGAGUUUGAAGCAGAAAGCACGAUUCUUGGGCUACAUGGUGAAAUGCCUUUUUAGCGCAUAUGCUGGGAAAAGAAAGUGUGAGAACAGAGACAACUUUAGGAACAAGAGGAUCGAACUAGCUGGAGAGCUGCUGGAAAGGGAACUAAGGGUGCAUUUGGCGCAUGCUAGAAGAACAAUGACCAAAGCCAUGCAGAGACACCUCACGGGCGAUGGCGAUCUGAAGCCUAUCGAGCACUACUUGGAUGCUUCCAUUAUAACAAAUGGACUUAGUAGAGCCUUCUCCACUGGAGCAUGGUGUCAUCCUUUCAGGAAGAUGGAAAGGGUUUCAGGUGUUGUCGCUAAUCUGGGUCGUGCAAAUCCACUCCAGAGUUUGAUUGAUCUGAGGAGAACGCGGCAACAGGUCCUGUAUACCGGCAGAGUUGGAGAUGCUAGAUAUCCGUGAGUGGAAUUUCCAAAACGCCCUGCUUUGUU